AACGGCUAUUUUCCAACAGAAAUUGGACCGUUACUUCUCUUCAGCUCACAAACACACCCUCUCCUUUUCCACUUUCUCUCAAAUUCAAACCAAAAUCCCCCCUUUCUCUCUCUCCGCUCUCUCUCUCUCUCUCUCUCUCUUUCUCUCUAGAAUCUACAGCCAUGGCAGCAGCAAAAAUCCCCAAAUUCACUGAAGAAGAGAUGGCCAUUGAUCAGAACCUCGGCUACCCGAAAGCAUACUCCAAGCUCUGCAACAUCAAUAGCAACAGCAGUACAAGCCCAUUCCUAAAUGGCCCUCCUCUCUCCUUCAUCCCCUACACUCUCCAGCCCCAAGAGGCUUUGAGAGCUAAGGAUUUGAAUCAAAUGUUUCCUGUGAUCGAUCCCGAUGCGAAGCCUGCUCCGAACCCAAGAGGGUUUGUGAAUCUUCUAUGGAAGCAGCUUGAUCAUCUUGGGAAUGCAGGGUUUGAUCCGGAGCUGUUUCGUGUAGACCCAUUUGGGAAUGUGCUUUAUCUUCACGCUGAUUCUGCAUCUCCAUUGGCUUGGGAUGUUGAUCACUGGUUCCCUUGCUCAAGAGGAGGGAGAACUGUGCCAAGCAAUUUGAGGAUUCUACAAUGGCAAGUGUGUAGAAAGAAGAAAAACAAGCUGGAUUUCCUUGUUCCUUGGUGGGAUCUUCAGCUGGGAAUCUCAGUGAACCAAUUCUUAUCCGUAUUUGCCUCCAAAAAUCUAGAUUUCAGGAAUAGAGCAUUUUCGUUCUUGUUUUUGGAUGGGAGCUGUGAGGAGCUAAAUGCUCUGCAAGCUGUAGAUUCCCAUAGCUUCCCUCAACAUUUCGUGGAGAUGAAGCAGAAAUUAGGCCUAGCUCCAGCUGCCCUUGUAUCGACAAACAGAAACUCGGAGUCUUCAGUGUUGAAGCCUGUCAAUAUGAAUAAAUCUCUCCGACCUAAUUCACCUUAUUUAGUUCAAAGAAUGACGCCAAAUACAUCGAAAGAGAAUGAACCACCAGAAUCAGAUGAAUUUGCUAAUAACCCUUAUCUUACAAUUACACGGGCCAGAGAUUCACUAAGGCAGAGAGGAGACAGCAAGAAGAAAGAAGCUGAGAUGAGUCAGUUGGAGGAUGAACUGAAUGAGUUCAGACAGAAGAAUGAAGAAGAAAGGAUUGCUCUUCAAGAUCUAGAGGCUUUGCUUAUAAAGCGCAGACGAAGGGUUGAGAAGUGCAGGAGGUUAUCAGAAGCUCAGGCUUCUUAUAGAGCUUUGCUAGAAAAGAUGAUCAGAGACGCGAUGCAUCAGAGUGUGGUCUACAAAGAGCAACUAAGGCUGAAUCAAGCUGCAACAAGUGCUCUAAUGGCUCGAUUAGAGGCCCAAAGAGCAAUGUGUGAUACUUCAGAGAACAAACUGCGGAGAAAAUUUAAUGAAAGAGAUGAGCUCGAGAAACAGAUAUCAAGGCCUUGCUGGGAGUUGCAGCAAGCAAGGAAAAGAUCCAGAAUGGACUACAACACACUGUUUGAGGAGAGGAACGAAGAUUGCAUAAAGGGUUGGACACCAUUGAAGAAGGAGCUCAGGGUUUUUCUAGAGGAAGAGCAGAAGGCCUCUGAAGCUGGACAUUCUCUCAGUGAAGAAGAAAAAGAAGAAGAAGAAGAGCAUGAAGACAUUGAAAACUUGACUCGUAAGAAUAAGGGAAAGAAGAGCAAAGCCUUGCUUCUUGCAGAAAGAACUCGGCAAAAAGCAUGUGAAGGUGAUGACAAGCUACUCAAUCAUAAGGGAAAGAAGAGCAAAGCCUUGAUUCUUGAAGAAAGAACUCGACAAAAAGAAUGUGAAGAUGAUGACAAGCUACUCAAUCAUAAGCUUGGGCAGUUAGCAAUCAGAGAGACUAACGAAAUCUUUGAAGAGGGAAAAGAAUCAAACAAGAAGUUUUUAGAUGAAGAAGAUGAAGAAGAGAGAAACCAAUUAGGCAAAGGGAAUGUAGAGAAAUGGCUACAAAUUAUGUUGGAGAAUGCAAAGGGUGGAGAGGAGGAGAAUCAAACUGCUGAGACUAUCAACAGACUGAACCGAAUAAACCCAGAGAAGGAGAGCAAGUCCUUGAAGCUGAAGCCAUUGGAUAACAACAGAAGGAGUUUCAAUGAGAAAAGAGAAGAGAGCUGUGAAAGCUCCUCAAGAGGGUUUAGAUCAACUCCAUCAUCUCCCUCAGUGAUCAUGGGGAUGAGGAGGAGUGAAGCAAAUUUGGAUUCAAUGGCAUCAACAAGCAGUAAGUUCAUUAAGAGCUGCACAAGGACAAUCAAGAGAACAGUAAACAAAUGAAGGUAUCAGUUUUAGUAACUAUGAUUUGGCUUUUGCGAAGUCUUUAUUGCUGUGGUAUAUUACUAUAUAGUUGUUUGUUGUAUUGUAUAACAGUCAUUGGUUAUUCUAUUUGUACAUGAAUCUUCAUUCUUGGUUUGUUCUCUUUUGUGUAAGUACUUUGCUAGGAAGAGUUUGCAAUAAAAGAUAGUAUAUUGUUGUUUUGUUUGGAAA